UUACGUGUUCGUUGUUAUGGGUUUCGUCAAUAGCGGCCUCACUAACGGAAUCCGGGAAGGACCGUUUAUUAUAUGUUAAGCUAACUUGGAUCGAUGAUCAGCCACCAAUGAGCACAACCAGUCAAGUCCCUGUUAAGUUACAACCGGCGUUACACGCACUGGUGGUUACUGACACAGCUAAACUCCCACAUAGCAUCGUGUCUUGCAGCACUGGAGAAGAUAGCCUUGCUUGCUAGACCUGUGCUCGUUGUGUUGGUAAUCACAGAGACAACAUAUCGCUGGUCACUGGUCUAGAACUUGGAUGGUCACACCCUGCCCUUUCCUCAUCGAUCCUCAUCUUCCAUUGCUGCUCUAAAACAACCUCAUCACCUGUGUGUGCCCUGUAGCCUGUUGUGUGCGUGCAUGUGUGUGUGUGUUUGUCUGUGUGUGAGACUAUAUAAAUGGGCCUGUGUCUGUCUGUUUGUCCGUGUUUUCUUGGAAAUUUGAGUAUAUGAGUGGCUGUGUUUUCUGCGUCCCACCCCACCAUGUCCCUUUAUCCUUCCCUGUUCCCACUGUGUCUGUUGUUGGGAUUUGUCCUCAUGGUGCUACUGGUCCCAGACAGCUCCGUGUAUGCCACCACAGCUGAAAAUCCUCCAGGUGCAGAUGACGGUCGUACCCUUGGAAUCAAAGCUGAGGAGUCUAAUUCCACAGUUUCUGCACAACUCCACCCACAGACCAACAUUUCAAAAUCAAUAUCUGCACACCCUCUUCCACCCCUGCCGAACAUGUCCACCCCUUCAUACAACGAACAAGUUCCUGUUAACAAGUCACAAAAUGAGUUCACACCAUUAACCACCACAUCUACACGACAAAUAAAUCAGUCUGUAGACACCCUACAAAAAUCUAAUGAGUCUUCAUCAUCCUUAUCACAACCUAGUCAACCUCUAGAUAAUGUUUCCAAUGACAACACAAUUCCCUUUAAUAAUUCUCCUUUGGUGGCUGCUAAUAAUAGCAACAAUGAAGCCAUUGGCAAUAGAACUAAUGUAUCCACAACAGUAGCGCCUAGGAAUGAGACAGAUUUAGAGACUACAGUACCAGGACAAGGUACGGCAGCUAAUACCACUGAAUCAGUGGUUGGUUCAAAUCACACUACAGUAACAACGAAACCAUUCACAACCCAGUCAUCACCAGCACUGAGACUAACAACAGAAAUUUCUAUGCCAUCUAAAACGACCACAACCACAGGAGCUACCACAGCAGUUGCCUUAACAGUUACAGCUGUAAAGAAGCCAUCUACAUCUUCAACUCCAAAACUGAAUGCCGCAUUUACUGAGUUGCCACCUGUUAAAUCCACCUCCGCUUCACCGCUAGGACUUGUUACCACUUCAAACGCUACUGCUGGCACUCCUGUCAAUCAUGACAAACCAGUGGUUGCCAUCGGAACCAGGAUUAGCAUCGUAGCGGUUCCUGGGGAUGCUCUGACUAGCCAGUUGGUGGACACUUCCUCCUUAUUGGCUGUCCUGCUUUUUGGUUUGCUCUUCUUCUUGGUUACAGUUGCAGUGUUUGUGACACAGGCCUAUGAAAGCUAUCGCAGGAAGGACUACACACAGGUGGACUACUUGAUCAACGGGAUGUACACAGACUCUGGGGUGUGAAUGCGAUGGGCUAAGCAUGUGCUGAGAGUCGGGCCUAUGCUCUAGAUUGAUCAAGUCUGGUCAAGUUUUUUCAGGAGGUAAAGAAAAUACAUACCCCCCCCCAAAAAAAAGCAUACACUGUAUUAGCUGUGUCAAUGAUGUCAGUGAUCUCAAAUUUACCUUAAGCUAAGCUGUCGAAUUGUAAGAAUCACUUUAAGUUUGAAAUGGUAAAAUUCACAAGGUUGUCAAGUACAUUCCUUAAAUGAUUUCGGGAAGUAUCCUGGAUGGGAUGGAAUAUGUCAUUUGUUGGAGUUGAGAUAAGAGCACUGCCACUAUAUUUGAGCUCUGAGACCCAUUCACCAUUCUGUUCUUGCUGUUUUGAAUCAAAACAUUUUCUUAGUCCUACAAUUGCCAAACUAAUUGCUUCCAGGGUAGAUUGAAGGGACAGAUCUGGAUGCUUCUUAUGUGUGUGGAAGGUGCCAAGACACAUGACAUCACUGCGACUGAGUCCCAGACAUUGGUUUACAUUCCCAAAAAAAGUAUUUUUGUUGUCGAGUUUGUUUUUAGGCUGAUAAAGAGGUGAAUGAUUGUGGCUGGGGCUUGACUUUGAUCGGGAGGAAUCCAGUAAAACCCAAUAAUAUAAUAAAAAUGGCACGUCAUAUAUUUAAGAAUAAAAUGCUUCUAUUUCAGUUAGGUUCAGAUAUUCAACACCUCAUUAUAUGUUAGUUGGUUAAAUGAUUGAUGUAAAUGCCUCCUCGUCAAACUCUUGCAGUGGCGGCUCAAAGUAUACUCUGAAACUAAAGCUAACUCAAUGAUAAUUUCUUCACUAUGUAAUCUCAAUACCAAACUGCACUUUCUCUCAAACUGCUUUUCCUUCCAAAAGCAUUUCUUCAACUCAUUUUCGAACAACAAUGUGUUGUAAAUAAGAACUUAUCUGAAAGAGUGGACAGCUUAGAAUUUAGGCCUGUCACUAUUCUAUUUUGUAUUUAAAAAAAAAAGGCGCACAAAUUAACAUUUAGAGACACAUUCAUGCAAUACUGUAGAACAACUUUUCUCUUCAAAAAACAUUUUUGUCCUUGCAGGUACUCUUACCAUAUUUUUAACACAGAGCAGAUGUUUUUACAACUGUCUCUGCAUUCUUGGCUUUCCUUGAUGUCUGUGUGUUGAAGCCUUAAGCUUGAUUUCUACAGCCUUAAGUUGAUGUUGCCAAAGUAUCUGUUAAGCCAGUGAGAAAAACCCCUACAUGGAUCUAGUCGAUACGAGCUUUCUUGAGUCAUCCUACCAUGUAUUCAAGACGGCACAGUAGUUUUCAUCCUUCAUCUUAGGAUAGGAGGAAGAUGAGGCUGUCGUCCUCAGAUGGCAGCUGGGAAAAAUAGGCACUGUGCAUGUGUUGCGCCUGAUGACAAAAAAAUGUCUUUGUGAGGGAUUAUUGACAUUUCACAUUUGUUAUAAACAUGUAAAUUGUGACUGAUGGUGGUUAGUGUCACUUGACCUGGCCUUUUUGUUAUGCGUUGGAGGGGGAAACCCAGCUUAACGCAAAAUUUCAAAACCAUGCAACUGUAUUUCAUGAUGUGUUGAAGUUCUGUGUCUCCCAUUACAUUUCACGAUAUUGCAUUGUUUUGUUUGACUGUAUGUAACCACCUUAGGCGGUUAGGUAAAACCUUCCUUUGCUGAUGUUUACAACCCUUAAUCACAGGACCAAAGCCAUAUGCUUGACCAUAUUACUUUUUUUCUUUUUCUCCCAAUGUAUUUAUUUCUGAAUGCAACUGAAUACAAGAGUGGACAUAUUGAAUGUUUAAGAGUAUAUUGGAAAGUAACUUUCUAAUGACACAGACCCAUUGACCCGCCAAACUAAAAAGAUUUAUGUCUAAUUUACAUUGCACGUCUGUCCGUAUAUAGGUACUAUAACUCAUACACAUAUACCGCACAUGGCUUAACCCAAAACUCACAUGUUCUAUAAUUCCAUAAAUCUGAUAUAACUAUUUCAUUUCCUUGGCACAUUUUGGAGAUAACCUAUCACUUGUGGAGACGGGAAAUAACAGUUGACAUACAACAACUGUUAACUACUAGUGUUAAAACACAACUCCCAAACAUACUUAUCUAUAAAAGGCACAGGUCACUGAAAACCCAACUUCAGUGGUGGUGAUCACAAAGAAAGCCUACCAGAAUAAACAAGACUUUUCAACAAAGUAUAAUUAAGUACGUCGUAGGGUGAUUAGAAUGUAUUCAGAUAUGUCAACUAUAUACAAAGUUAUGAAUCUAUUUCCCUGCAAGAGUCUAUUUCUCUAGCUAGGGUGGAGGGUAGCUAUCAAUGUUAAAUGUCAUUGUUAUCAUAGGGAUGAGUUCUAAUAAGUGAUAAUAUCUUCUAAAAAGGAAGAAUAAACAACAACCAAACACCGCUUCCUGUUUACUGUGUAAGAUCCUUAGAUAUGUUUGUUUGUUUGUUUGUUUUCUUCCCAAGCACUUUAAACAUUUUUGCUGAAAAGUCUGAACAUUUUUGCGUCAAACUGCCCUUAGCAGAGCUCACAAGUGAUUUUUUUUUAUCUGAACAUUGAAGUGCCAUUGCAGAAUUAUCUCAAGGCAACAACGAAUGAGUGAUGUGGAUUAAUGACUAUUUCCUUUUCUGUCUCGAUUCUGAUUUUGUUUACUUUUUCAUGGAGUUGACAGGUGAUGGGAAUUUCCAGAUAACCACUGCAACAGAUUAUUGUAUGGUAAAGCCAAGGGAAUUGUGUAGCCAUUACUGAAAAAUGACUGACUAAAUAAAUAAAAAACAACUUUAUUCCUCCUGGUG